AUGCUGCAGGGUACUCUCACGCCAGAUCAGAUGAGCUCCAUCUUCGGAUCCAUGUCCGUCGCGUGCUGGCUCGUCGUAUAUACCCCGCAAAUAUGGGAGAACUACCAGCUCAAAUCAGGAGAUGGGCUGAGUGUGGCGUUUGUGGUAUUGUGGUUAUUAGGGGAUUUGACGGGGUUGCUAGGAGCAGUGAUGGCUAAGCUGGUACCCACAGUGAUUGUCCUAGCUAUAUAUUACACAUUAUGUGACGUAGUCCUCCUCGCCCAGGUAUACUACUACCGCCAAAUCCGCCUUCGCGCUCGCCGGGACUCCAUCUCCCCUGCCGCCCGCGCAGCAGCCACAGAGUCCUCUCCCCUCAUCCUCCCUGCCGACCCGAACCCUCCUCCCGCCCAACCAAAACCCCUGCUCCCACCACAUCUCCUUUGGCUCGAGUACCCACUCCUCAUCGCGUUUGUCCUCCUCGCGGGCGCUGGCGCGUGGUACCUCGAGAUCCAGGCGACACCGGAUGUAUCUAUCCCCGAGAACCCUGGACCGGGGCAGGGCGGACAUGGCUCAGAUGGCGUCGAGUUUGAGUGGAAGUCGCAGUUGCUAGGAUGGAGUAGCGCGGUGUUGUACUUUGGGAGUCGGAUACCUCAGAUCAUCCACAAUUUCCGGACACGGUGUGCUGGACUAUCACUAGCUCUGUUCUUCUUCACCAUCACAGGCAACCUAACCUACUCCGCCUCCAUCCUCGCACCCUCCCUCGACCCAAAAUAUAUCCUCGCCAACGCCUCAUGGCUCGCCGGCGCACUCCUCACUGUCUUCCUCGACAUCUUCGUCAUGGCCCAAUUCGCAGUAUACGGUUGGCAAGAUAAGAAGCGGGCGCAAGAGGGCAAAGGAUUGCAGCAUGACGAAGAGGAAGACUCGGCGCUUGCGACAUAG